AUGUCAUCCCUUUUCUAUGAAGGACCAGUGAGCAACCCCGUGAAGCCGCAAAAUGAGAUGACGACAAGCUAUGCAAUGGUAAACGAUGUCUGCGGGGAUGGUUCGUUACGACUCGAGAGCCGCCAGUUCACAUACAGGGAGCUUCAGAUGAUAACAAACAACUUCCAGCGAGUGCUUGGAAGCAACCGCAAUGGAGCAUGUUUGACUUGGCCACAGAGACUCCGAAUCGCACUUGAAUCUGCACAGGGGCUAGAGUACCUACACAAGGGGUGCUACCUGCCCCUCAUCCACAGAGACGUGAAGGCAACCAACAUCCUAUUGAACGCAAAGAUGGAGGUUAGGAUCGCUGACUUUGGCUUGUCCAAGGCCUUCAGCAAUGACAAUGAAACCCACGUGUCCAUGAACACACUCAUUGGCACACCCGGAUAUGUUGAUCCAGAGUACCAGGCGACGAUGCAGCCAACAGCAAAGAGUGACGUGUAUAGCUUUGGUGUCGUACUGCUAGAGCUAGUCACAGGAAAGCCAGCCAGCCUACAGGAGGCGGUGCCCGUCAACAUAACCCAGUGGGUGCACCAGCGACUAACGCGGGGCAAUAUUGAGGGUGUGGUGGACGAACGCAUGCGUGGUGGAUAUGAUGUCAACGGGGUGUGGAAGGUUGCAGAUAUCGCACUCAAGUGCACUGCACAAGCCUCGGUGCAGCGUCCCACCAUGACCGACGUGGUGGCACAAUUGCAGGAAUGUGUCGAGCUAGAGAAUGGGCGUGUUGGAGGCAACACAAACAACGGCUUCCACGGCGGUAGCAGCGGUGAUGUCCCGAACUUGAGCUAUCAUGCCUACACCACCGAUCGGUCCACCAGUGUGAGCCAGAACAGCACUACAAUUGAGAUGGAGCAUAAUGUUAUCAGGGAGCCAACAAUGCCUACUGGUCCUGCUGCACGUUGAUACUUCUAUGUCUCAUUGCUAGUCAGUUCUAAAGGCGGCCAUCAAUUCUAUUGUUUUUUCUCCUUGAAGUGGUAUGUCUGUGAUUUUGAAAUAUUUUGAGUUUUCGGAAGUGAGUCCAGAUGUAAAAUUGUUCAUUAGACAUCUGAAGUGUGUUGUUUAUAAAGUUUAAAAUUUUUGAAGGAAGACCUCGGGGUGGAUGCUUAUUGUUUGCUCUCCUUUUGCUUAGUACUACAUCUUGCUUCUGCUCAGUUUUGGAGGGGAAGA